CUUUGCUCGAGGGCAGAUAGGCACUCUAGUAGAGUAGUAGCUAGUAGGCAGUGCAUGGUUUCAUGCAUAGCGUUUCCGAACUCUUAUAUCUCUCCCCUACCAAAGUAUUUGGUUCGUACUGCGAUGUGCGAUGGUAUCCACUCUACUGUGUCUUUGGAGAAUAAGUCUUCUUGCAACAUGGCGGUCGUGCAAUAAAUGUAAGGGUGCAGGGUAGAAGACUCAAGUGUUCAAUGAUUAACAAGUGAGUUUUGAAAGCAGUUAUCGCAAGUUUUUUCGGUGGGGCAAUUGUUUUUCGGGUGACAGAAAAGUUAACACUGGCUCUUUUUACACAAGGAAAGUUUUUUGCCUUAACUAAUUGUGUCGAUAUUGAGUUUCGGGAGAAGUGACGGGUGUAUUUUUAGGGACGUCAUCUGCAAAAACUUGUAUAGAAGAUAUCGAAUUUGACAUGUCGUUUUCUAUGUAUCGCCUGUAAUUCAUGGAUUUAGCUGAACGGUUACAGAACAAACUGAGCAUGGCAUCAAGACACAGUCCGCAUCAACAGCAGGCUGUACCCAAUGUCCAGCAAAAUCAACAGCAAAAUAAGAACAUAACUUCCCUCUUGUCAAAGCUUCAUGGUGCAUUUGCCCCUAAGUUAAUGAUAGACCGUCGAGCACUUGAAAAAACAUGGAAACUUAUGGACAAAGUAGUCAAACUUUGUCAGCAUUCUAAAAUGAACCUGAAGAAUUCUCCUCCAUUCAUCCUUGACAUACUUCCAGACACUUAUCAACAUCUCCGUCUAAUCUACACAAAGUAUGAGGACAAUAUGGUUGCGCUGAACAAUGAAGAAUAUUUCAAAGUGUUCAUUGAGAAUCUCAUGCGAAAGUGCAAGCAAGCAAUCAAACUUUUUAAAGAAGGAAAGGAAAAGAUGUUUGAUGAAAAUUCUCAUUAUCGCCGCAAUUUAACAAAGCUCAGUUUGGUUUUCAGUCACAUGUUAAGUGAAUUGAAAGCCCUUUUCCCUGGUGGAAUGUUUGCCGGUGGGCAAUUUAGAAUUACAAAAAGUGAUGCUGCAGACUUCUGGAGAAAUUCAUUUGAAGACAGGACUAUAGUGGCAUGGAAGAUUUUUCGCCAAACUUUGCACGAAGCUCACCCGAUCAGUUCCGGACUAGAAGCCAUGGCAUUAAAAUCAACUAUUGAUUUGACAUGCAAUGACUACAUCUCCAACUUCGAAUUUGAUGUGUUUACUCGGUUGUUUCAACCGUGGUCCACCUUGUUACGAAACUGGCAAAUACUGGCCGUCACUCAUCCAGGCUACGUAGCGUUUCUGACCUAUGACGAAGUUAAAGCAAGAUUGCAGAAAUACAUAAACAAACCUGGAAGCUACGUUUUCCGUCUAAGUUGCACCCGCCUGGGACAAUGGGCUAUUGGAUAUGUGACGGCGGAUGGAACAAUACUGCAGACAAUUCCUCAGAACAAGUCUCUUUGUCAAGCGCUGCUUGAUGGAUACAGGGAAGGAUUCUAUUUAUUUCCUGAUGGACGAUCCGUGAAUCCUGAUCUGAGUUGGGCUGUGGCUGCUACGCCUGAAGAUCACAUCCAAGUGACACAGGAACAGUAUGAGCUCUACUGUGAAAUGGGAUCUACGUUCCAGUUGUGUAAAAUCUGCGCAGAAAAUGAUAAAGAUGUGCGCAUUGAACCUUGCGGUCAUUUGUUGUGCACACCUUGCCUUUCAUCAUGGCAGGAAUCUGAAGGACAAGGCUGUCCUUUUUGUCGUGCGGAAAUCAAGGGAACAGAACUGGUGGUUGUUGAUCCAUUUGAACCUAGCAAGAACAACAUUCGAUCUGUAUUGAAUUCAGCCAAUAAUAACAGUGCUCUCAAUAUUGCCAUUGGAAAUGAGUCCGUGGGACACGAAGAGGUACUAGGCAUCGCACAUCGAUGAAUGAAGCGUAACUCUCCUUGUUCAUCUAUCUUUCGCUGUCUGUCUGCUUUCGUGAUGUUUUGUUCGCCCCGCUAUUCGUAUAUCUCGUAUGGGUGUCUAAAAUGGAUUGAGCUUUUGCCUUCUAUUCCUGAUUUUCCGCUAUUGAAUGUCACGGCAAGGUCAAUUCGAUUUAAUUCCUUUUAGUUAAAGCUUAUGAAACUUGCUUGUGGUUAGGUUGGACUGCAUCAUAUUUCCAAAUGGUUUUUUUUUGUAUACCCUAGAACGGAGAGGAGCUGUGAUUUUUUUUAAAUUAUUAUUAUUAUUUUUAUUUUAAAGUACCAUGUAACAUUUAGUAACGAGAUAUAGAGGUGCCAGGGAAAGGGAUCAAGUGCGUUUUCACUGAAUGUGCCUUAUUUCUUCGAUUAUUCUUUUUUUUUUUUAUUAUUCUUUUUAAAAUAUAAAUCACUGUCAUUAAAUACAAUCAAGCCAGGGUUCUGGAUCGGUCGACCUACCGUUCGUUUAUGGAUUCAUAGUAUCCACUUUCUAUUUGCGUUACUGUAUAUUUCGUACUUUUCCAUUUUUCCAUUGUUUUGUAACGUCGAAUUUCAUGGUUUCUUACUGCCCUUGGUUCUCCUUGGAUGUUUUUGGAUAUUUUGAAUUGCUUUUGCCUAGUAUUAAGUAUUAACUAUCGUUCGGCCCUCGACAAACACUCCAUGGUAAGUCACGCAAAAGCAUCGCUUCCGUGACCCAUUGUUAAAGUUUCAACUCUUCGUUCAGCCAAUUACUCUUCUUAGCACUUGAUGUGUUUAAUACAAACAAGUGUCGAUUUCGA